AUGCGGCUAACGCGGCUCGCUGGAAUGCUUAGUACCAAGGCUCGGGCUGUUUUUGCUUCGUGCAUCCAUAGUCCGAGCAGUUGCGACAGCACUAUUAUUUGCAGGGCCGGCUGUAGCAGCAAGAGCAGCUUCGGGGGGGAACGAAGAUGCAGCAGCAGUGCAGCAGCAAGAGCUGCUGCAGAUACAUGGCGGGGAACUCAUAAUCAAAAGCAACACCAUAAGCAGCGUCAAGAGCAACUGCAGAAAAUCAACAACAAGGAGCAGCAGCUGCUCAGCCCAUCAGCUGCCAACUGGCAACAACUGUGGCAUCACUCAAAUUCUCACGCACCCAAGUUCUCGGAAGCCAGGUGUAACAGCAGUAGGGAUUGCAACAACAGCAGCCGUAGUACAAAUGUAGUCCAUGUUGUUCUUCUCAACCUAGGUUCCCCGGCAGAGCCAACAUACACAGCACUGUGGAUGUACCUGAGACGUACGUCAGCAGCAAGGUAUUCCAAAAUCUGGCUCUCUCAGGAGGCCGUUAAGGAGCAGCUUGCUCCUGCCGCAGCUGCUCUGCAGGAGCGGCAGCAGCAGCAUCGGGAGCAAGAGCAGUCUUUGCUUCAACGACAAUUGCAAGGUGUCCUUCAGGGUGGUUCGGCGUCCCCGUUGUUGGUGCAUCAUCUGUCGCUUGCGGCGCGGCUACAGAAGCAACUGGACUUGCAGCAGCAGCAGGGGAUCCCACGCUUUGAAGUCGCAGCAUGCAUGCGUUACGGUAGCCCUGACGUCGCUAGUGUGUUGCAGCAGUUGCGGCAGCAGCAUCAGCAGCUGAAGCUGCUGCUUCUCCCCCUCUACCCUCAGAGCACAGCGUCGUGCACUGCAUCGGCAUUCGAUGAAGUGUUUUCUGAGCUCAAGAGAUGGAGAGUGAUGCCGGAUUUGCGAAUGGUUGCGGGAUAUUCAAAGCAUGAGCGUUACAUUGACGCCAUCGCGGCCUUGGUGAAGAAAUUUUGGGAACAAAACGGGCGGGGCGACCAUUUAUUAUUUUCGUACCACAGCAUUCCGCUUGACAUGAGCCGCUCGGCGGGGGAUCCCUACGCUUGUCUCUGCUUCCAGACGUCUCGACUUGUCGCGGAGAAGCUUGAUUUGCAGCCUGAAGAGUACGAGGUGGCAAUGCAAUCGAGGACGGGGUGCUCGGCAUGGGCGGAGCCCUACCUCAUCCCUGCUCUGGAGGCACUGGCGAAGGCCGGAUGCCUGCAGGUUGACGUGGUUCUGCCGGGGUUUGCUGCUGACUGCCUUGAAACGCUCGAGGAGAUUCAGCAAGAGGCCGCCGCUCACUUCAAAGCUGUCACGGAUGGUCGCGGAGAGUUACGUGUAGUGCCUUGUUUGAAUGACAGCGACGAGGCUGUUAAUCUGAUUGAAUCUCUUGUUUUGGAGAACACCCAACAGUGGUGGCGGCAGCCCGCAUAG